GCGCCGCAGGUUUCGUGGUUACAAACGUAGAAUAAGAGUUACAAAUCGAAACUCCCCAACUGUCAUGUGAGUGAAAAAACAAAAACAAAUAGUGCUGCAAUUAUUUAUUAUGGAGGUUGUUGCCAAUAAUUAUCUACCGGGUGAUCAGCGUUUAGUCGAUAAGAUCGUCUACGAGCUGAAGGCCCAGGGGAUUUUCGAUCAAUUCCGCAAGGAGUGUUUCGCCGAUGUCGACACCAAGCCAGCCUACCAAAACCUCCGCCAAAGAGUAGAAGGCAGCGUCACAGGUUUCCUCAAAGAGCAGUCCUGGAGGCCGGACAUGAACAAGAACCAAGUGCGGGAAAUGUUACGUAAGAGGAUCACCGAGUCUGGGUAUCUGGAAACGGGGGUUGAGCGCAUUGUCGACCAAGUUGUCAACCCGAAGAUCAAUACGGUGUUUUUGCCCCAGGUGGAAGAGGUUGUUUACAGUUACUUGGGCAUCAAGAAACCCAGCAAAAGCGAAAAGAGUGAACAGUGUGACGAUCUGUUGCCUACUGAUCUCGAGGCGGUGUCCCCUGAGUCCGAGCCCGUUGACAAGAAGGACGAUAAAAGUACGGACACGUUUCAAGAUUUGGACGAAACGAAGACUGAGGAGGACGAGUCGCCCCCGUUUGAGCCCCUGGAGGAACAGACCACCUAUGUGCCCCAGGAGGAGAAUUCCGUUGAUUCGCACAUGUCAGGGUUUUCAGGUUUAGCUAGUCAUGAGUCAAAUCAAAGUAAUGAAAAUAAAAUAACACCGAUGGAGCAAGAUUCGCAAAUGUCGCGCAACAGCUCUGAUAGCCGUUUAUCAAUCAUAACGUCAGACGAUAACUCAAAAAUGGAUAUUUGCGAAGACUCACAGUCAAAAUCCAUCAAAUCAACUGACUCAAACCACAAACAUGACGAUAAAAAACACAAAUCGUCCGAGCGUCACAAAUCGCGCAGCGAGAGCAAGUCUGAUAAAGACAGGAAGAGUAGCAAAGAUUCAAGAUCUCGGCACAGUUCGUCUUCGAAAGAUAAAGACAAGAGCCGCGAUCGUCGCGAUUCGAAGAGCUCAAGUAAGCCCAAAGAGAACGACAAAGACAAGUCCAAAGAUAAGGAUCGCAAUAGGAGCUCCAGCAAGCACACCAGUAGCAAAGACAAGGAUAAAAACGCGAAAAAAGACUCUCGAUCUGAUAAAGAUAAGCCUCGGUCAAGCAGCAGCCACAAGUCCCGUGAUAAAUCCAGCGAUUCCAAAUCUAAAGAAAAGUCUUCCUCCGAUCGCCACAAACACUCGUCCUCGCACAGCGACCGCCACAAGAAGGAUAAGGACAAGAAAAAGGAUUCGAAAUUGAAAGACGAUCAUUACAGUUCGAAAGACAAGAGAAAUGACCGCCGAUCGACCGAUCGCGAUUCGAACGACGGCCAGUCAAGUCGCCCGCCUACCAAUCCCUCCGAUAACUCCAAUUCCCAGUCACAGAAGAGCCAAGACUCGAAUUCAGGGGGCGGUGAUUCGGGGAAUUCCGAUCACACCGAAAGCACGACCAAAGCCCCCGUGGUGAUCACAGGGGCUGUGGAAAAUUCCGAAGUGAUGAUUUCGCCCCCGGAGACUCAGCGAGUCAAGGUUUUGAAACCGAAAUGUGCCUCGAAUAUUCAAGAGGCUUUGAAGUUGAUGAAAAUUCGCAAACAGUUAGCCAAGUUGGAGAAGCAGAAUCAGUUGAGUUUGGCGAGUGUUGAUGUGACUUCGCCCAUUGUCCUCUCGUCGAGUAUCAAUCUGGACGACUUGAACCAGAAUUGUCUUAAAAAGGAGCAUGAAAAUAAGAUCGAGGACGUGGUGCCGCACUUACAGAACACUGUAAUUAGUCAAGACAGUUGGGACACCAUGGAGGCGAAACUGAGGGAGGCAGUGUGCCAGGAGAUGGAUGAAAGUGGAGAUGAGGACGAGAAAUGUAGAUUUUUCGAAAGUGUGGACAUUAAGAAAAUCGAGUUUUUGCAAUUUGUCGAGCUGUUUAUCAGUAAAUUUGAGAAGUAUCAAAGGUUGCGGAAGAGAAAUGGGGGGAAACGAAAAAUUGAAGACAACGAUUUGAAGAAUAAUAACAAGCAGUUGAAGAAGCAAAAGGUUGGGAAGAGUAAGACAACGAACAAGAAUAAUAAUCAUGCCGUUGCGAAUGAGAAAUUUCCACUGCCGUUGAGUCCGGCUGAAAGUGACAAGUCAACAGGUAAGAAGGAAGAAAUUUCGACACCGAAGGCCAAACGUAACAACGUUAACAAAGUCAAUAAUCAGAGAUACUCCAGCGACGACCUGUACAAACCUAGACCAACUUUCAUUAGCACUAGACGUAGAGGUGCCAAAAAUCUGGAGAACUGACUAAGGUUUUAUUUUUCUCGUAGAAUAGGAAUUAGAAGUAAAUAAAUAUUUUUAUAUGUUAUAUAUUACAAUAAAACAGCUUUAUUUAA